AUGAAUGACAAGGACAAUCAGGUUACCCAGGAGGAUGAGAAGCAAGAUUCCCACUUGCAAUCCAGCCAGUCUUCAUCUUCUUCGAUUAUCAUUGAUUUUGAGCGUGACGAACACCCUCACGACUGGCCUAGUUAUCGAAAAUGGAUCGUCCUGCUAACGCUGAUUCCGCCCGUGUUCCUCAUGCCGUUGUCGUCCACCAUAAUUGCACCCGCUGUAGACACGAUCUCGACUGAAUUCCAGGUCGGUUCUACGGUGACGGGCCCAUUGGCAGUGUCAUUGUUCUUGGUUACCUACAGUAUAGGCCCUUUGCUGCUGGGUCCACUCAGUGAGCUUGUAGGGCGUGUACCUGUUUUACAAGGAGGGAACUUAUUCUUUUUGGUCUUCAAUUUGGCUGGCGGAUUUGCAAAGAGCUUCCCUCAGUUGCUCGUCUUUCGAUUGCUGAGUGGUUUUGGUGCAAGCGCCACACUGGCGGUCGGAUCAAGCACAAUCGGCGACUGCUUUCGCCCCGAAGAGCGCGGUCUUGGUCUCGCGCUCCUCAACAUGGGUCCAGUUCUGGGAUCUUGUCUUGGUCCGAUAGCCGGUGCCUAUCUCACCGACUAUACGAGUUGGCGUUGGGCAUUCCAUGCCACGUCCAUUUUCGGCGGCGUAGCCAUCCUGGUCGGUAUAUGUCUGGCUAGAGAAACAUAUGCACCUGUUCUCCUUCGAAGCAAGAAGGACAAGCUGCAGUCUCAGCCUUACUACAAAGACGCAACACUCCGCACCCGCUUCGAUAUGGAUGAUGCCAAUAAGCCAGACAAUGAGUCUCUCGCGCACCUCUACAAACGCACUCUCCUACGCUCCAUUCGUCUACUCCUCACCCAGCCUAUAGUCCAGGUGCUAGCGCUCUAUUAUGGCUACCUCUACGGCUUGGUUUAUCUCGUCCUAUCGACUUUCUCUACUUUGUGGACUACCCAAUACCACAUGUCCACUAGCCGAGGCAGUCUCAACUAUCUCGCUCCAUGCAUUGGCUACCUUCUUGGUGCGCAAACCUGUGCUAUUAUUGCUGACAAAGUCUACAAAUACCUGAAACGCAACCCGGAAUUCCGCCUUCCCCUCAUGAUUCCUGCCAGUCUUCUCAUCCCAAUUGGUUUGUUGAUUUACGGUUGGACCGCUGAGGCCCAAACACACUGGAUCUUCCCAGAUCUCGGCAUUGCUCUACCCUUGAUGGGCGCGACCAUCAUCUUUCAAUGCACGAAUGCCUAUCUUCUUGAGACCUAUAGCGUUUAUGCGGCCAGUGCCAAUGGCGGUGUAUACAUUCUGCGGGGUUUGACAGGAUUCGGGUUUCCGUUGUUUAGUCCUCCUAUGUACCGCGCGCUGGGGUAUGGCUGGGGGAAUUCUGUCCUAGGAUUAACGGCGCUGGUCAUCGGUUGUCCAAUUCCGUGGUUUUUGUGGAGGUAUGGUGAAGGGUUGAGACGGAGGAGUAGUUGGGCAGAGCAAUGA